CAGCCCUGGCGGACCCCGCCCGGCCGUGCAGCGCUCCACCAGUUUCGGGGUCCCCAACGCCAACAGCAUUAAGCAGAUGUUGCUGGACUGGUGCCGAGCUAAGACGCGUGGUUAUGAGAGGACCCAUGCGGACUGCCCGCAGCUCCUGGAUACAGAGGACAUGGUGCGGCUUCGAGAGCCUGACUGGAAGUGCGUGUACACGUACAUCCAGGAGUUCUACCGCUGUCUGGUCCAGAAGGGGCUGGUAAAAACCAAAAAGUCCUAACCCCUGCUUGGGGCCCCACGGAUGCUAGUGGACUGCGUGCCCCUGGUAGAGGUGGAGGACAUGAUGAUCAUGGGCAAGAAGCCCGACCCCAAGUGCGUCUUC